AUGAAACAAUUGUUAAUUGCCAAGACUGUUCUAAUUUGGCACUUUUUCUGUCGAUCAUCACAAAUAGGUCAACCAAAGACUAUUGACGCACUUGGUAAAGGCAUAGAGAGAAAUGCUCACACUGGUGUCGCUUUCGCCAGAUUUAAAGCGCACAAACUGUCCUACCUGAACAUAACAGCACUUGGAGCAGAUUAUGUCAACAGCAGUAGAGAUUGUGGACUUACCUGUAUCAACACACCCUCGUGCUUUUCCUUCAACCUGGCUGCCGUUGUUGAUAUGAACAUUAAAAUCCUAUGUGAACUGCUUCCCUCGGACAUCCACAACAACUCGAACAAACUGGUUGCCAAUCGUCUUUUUCAUCAUUUCAGCAUAUGGGUAAGAAUUUAUAUUUUAUACAUUUUAAGAGAAUCGAUGAUGGUUAUCUUAAAGAUGUAGGAAGUUUAAGUCGUGUUUGCUCAGUAAUUGCUUAUAGGGAAUAUGGAAACAAAACGUCGAAGUCAGCGUAAAACGUUUGUGCAACAUGUGAUCAGAUUUUAGCACCAAGACUCUUAUACUGUAUUAGCAAACAUCCAGCUGGCUAAGAAAGAGGUGGUUAGCUUUCUCUGAUGCUUUGAUAUGCUUUGUUUUAUUUUGUUUCUUGACUCUACCUUUUUUUCCUGACUUAAUCAAUUGGGGCAAACAGGAUAUGGGUAAAUUGGGAAUCGUUGUGUUGUGAUAACUCUUGAACCUCCUUUACGGCGUUUGUUUUGGAGUUUUCUAAUUUUAUAUAAUGUGACGAAUGAGAGCAAAAUUACCUGGUUUUAAACGGAUCAGUUAUGAACAAGUUGGUUAUUAAACGGUGAUAUUUCUUGGCUAUUUUUCUUCUCACAGACUACUUCAUGAAAAGCAGCGGCAAUCUUUGAGAAUUACAUUCGUGACCAACGUGUAUGAGGCAGCUAAAUUUCACAACCAAUACAAUAAAUUUUGAAGAACCUGAGCUUUAAUUUAAAAAAAAAUAAAGAAUCUUCCUGACUAAAACGGAAUUUAUCGAGAGAAAAUUCCGAGAUAGCGUGUACCAUGCAGGUGAAAAGCACUUUACGAGCGCGCUGAUGGCCUAGUCCGGACGUAACGUAAUUUGCAAUGAUUUUUCUCCUACGAGCAGCACAAUAUACAAAAUCGUGCAUCAAGGGUUAAAUUUCCGACCAUGUUUCUUUACAUUGAGAGAAAAAAAUCAUUUUUUAUUUACUGUGUGAUAUAUGAUAAAACAAUUAUUCACCUCAGUGUUGAUGAAAGUGUGAAUAUUUGCCUCGCCGCUUCGCGGCUCAGUAAAUAUCCACCACUAGUCACCUCAGCUUUGGUUAAUAACAGUUAACUAUUUUGAAUCUUAUCGUAUGUCAAGGUAGCAUGCGCUACCAUCUAGAGCUUCUUCGCUUUCCUAAUUUUUUUGUCUUUAGUCUCCGUGCUUAAACAAGCCCUGUCAAAACAAAGGCACCUGCCGUUCAAAUUACGUGAGCAACAGUUACGUGUGUGUUUGCACAGAAGGAUACACAGGAAGUAACUGCGAAGCAGGUAGGCAACGAUUUGUAAUCAUCAUUCAUCAUUCCUUCUUUCAAAGUUUUUUUUCUUUAACUUUCUAGCAUCUAAUGGUACAUGACAUCGCCCUGACAUCAUAGUAGAGCCCUCUCUAAGAAUUAUUCGAACACCUAAUUCAGUUUGUACACAAGCGAAAAUCGGAGCUGCCAGUACAAAAUGCAGGGAAAUGAGGUUAUAACGGAAGCCAAAGGUUUCAAAUGUAUCAAGGGCCAUUCGCAUUACCAACUAUAUGCAGGAAAUACAAAUGUUUAUUUUCCCUUGGCAUCUUUAAUUUAAAAACAAAACAAACAAAAAAAAACCAGACAAUCUUCCAAGUUAAAACUUGUCAUACGUUUUAAAUAUUCACGCUUCCUGAAUCAAUGAAAAAAAGAGUAUGCCAUGAAAUUUUCAGUCACUGUGACACGACUUAAAGGUUGACAUCAAUUAGAAAUACAGAGGAAAAUUAUAGCUUUUAGAGAAGAUACAACCGAAAACUUAGGACUACUUCGAAAACAAAAUGUAAAAUAUUGAAACAAAAUAUUGAGAAACGUGAAAGUUUUCGAGAUACAGAAAAACGGCCUGCCUCGCUCAACAGACUGAAGCCAAGCAGAUGCACGUAUUAAGCAUGGGACAAUACACAGGAAACGCGGAACUACUAUAUGUACAAAUCUUGUGCUUAAGUGUCCAUUGCUCCUAACGAUGAGUAAUGAUUUUCAAUGUUGCUAGAAGAGAUACAUUCGAGCUAGAAAUUCAUUGGCACGAGAGCAAAAAUAAAACAAACUUGCUUUAUUCUAGAGGGGAACGGCAUUAAGUGACCUUGUUUUAUAAGUCCAAAAGGUGAAAAACAUCAACAACAACAAGAAUAAACAAAGAAUCAAGCCUUUAUUUUUAAGAAUAACUGAGUGUAUCAAAAUCAAUAAUGCUUGCCUUUACUUCAUUUAAAAUAAUCAGUUUGCAAAAUAAUUCUGACUGUUUAAAAGCUACUUUAUCAAGCAGCCGAGUUGCCCCUUUUGUGCUCGCUCAAUACAAAACAAAAAUUAUCACCAUGGAAUGGCAAGGACUUAGUAGCUCUGAAAAUACGCUAGCCGUAAUAUCGCUAAGCCGGUGGAUUCUCUAAUGUGCACCAAAACUUAAUCGACGGUGGUUUAGCGUCGCUGUGAUAUGAUCGACACGAUAUUCGUCACAACAAUUAAUAAAACGACUCUAACAGUGCUUGAUCAUUGCGUGACACGUUGACUCAAGCGGUGUUGUCCCUAUUCUUAUCAACAACGGCAAAUUGGCGAAUCAUAUUGCGACAUCAAUUCCAAUUGUUGUAAAAGAUACCUUUUUUGGUUCAAAUAGAUAUUGAUGACUGCGCGAACCGUCCUUGCCGUAACAAUGGAACCUGCUCUGAUCAUAUUGGUGGCUUCAAGUGCGCAUGUCCGAAAGGUUUUGAUGGGCUCCAAUGUGAAAUAGGUAAGUUACGUUGAGCUGUCUAUAACCAAAGUUUCCACGCAUCGUUGAGGUUCAAAGGCAGUAUUAGUGCCUGCUCACGCUUGGUUUAGGCUUUUUGUGACUCUCUUCUUGCUCAAAGGAUUCCUUGUCUGAAUUCUAUACUUUUCCUUCCCGCUGUAAAAAUUACAGCUUGACGUGGGGGUAGACAUUGUAUGAAGGGCCAUAGCAGGGAUGUACGGCUUAUUCAAACUUACUAAACUACUGAUAAUCUAUAGAACUGGCCUAAUAUGCAGCGUAUCAUUGUACAUUUAGAAAUAUACUGUUAGUGGUAUUCUUGUUAUUAUUUUUGCUGAUGAUUUGUAUAUUUAAAGUGAAUAAAUAAAUAAAUAAAUGAAUAUAGAACGAGGACUUAAUAACUCUCUUGCCCUUUAUCAUCUUUGUUUUGGCCAACUGACAUUUUUCAAACAAGCACAAAACUAUACAAGAUAAGCUCAUUACAGGAAAUAGAUACUAAUUGAAGGCCCCUGAAUAUAUCUUUUGCCACUAAAUCGCAAGCAUAACUUGGAUCAAAGAGACAAUAGAUUUGGGUUUGUACACCGCUAAUUCAACAAAUUAUGUUCUUAUAACAACUGCUAUUUAAAUUCAUAUUUCUAUGACAGUCCCUAAAGUGGAAGUCGUUCGCUCCUGUGACAAAUUACCUGUCUGGCAACUCCAUAAUGGGGAUGUUAUCAUCGAGUCGAAUCAGACUGGUACAAAGUACCAAAACAAUUUGGACUGCCAUUGGAUUGUGUCUUCAAAUACAAGAAUAGAACUUGUCUUUAUGAUUUUCGAAACGGAAUAUGUGCACGAUGUUGUGCAAGUUUAUGACGGUGAAUCAUCCUCUGCCCCUCUGAUUGGUGGAUUUAAUGGAUCAUCUCUUCCUUCCCCAGUAACAAGUUCGUCCAGCAAACUUUUCCUUCGGUUUACAACCGAUCAUUCAGUAACUAAAUCUGGAUUUCGCGCACGUUUCCGAGGUAUGAUGCCUACUUAUAUUAAUGCAUGUUUCGUAAAUCAUAAGAAAAUCAGUAGACAUAACAUUUCAAAAUACUUCCAAAUGAAAACAAAUGAUUUUCCUUUUCGAUUUUUAAAAUUGUCCGAAAAACUAAGAGAAAAUUACUGACUUUUGACAUCUUAUUAUGAACGUUUUGUAGAGGAAAAGUGGGCAAGGAACACUCAUGAUGGUGUUCAUAUGCAUUGAACUUCAGGCGGUUUCCCCUUAAGCCAUUGGGUUUCUUCAGUUUGAGACUUCCGGUUUCUCCCAUAACUGUUUGCAAGGAAAGAAUUCUCCCUUAUAGUCUUAAGCACUUCCUCUUAAUAACGUCCUCGACCUAUUAAAGACUUUCUUUUUUCAUUUAUUCUUAAAAUUCUUGGAAGAUAAAGACUUGGAUGCAAUCCAACGCAGUCCCAGAUAAUUUUCAACAGAUCCUAGAUCGAGCAAUUGAAUAAUUGAUGAACAUUUUAAUCAAAUCAUAAAUCAGUUGAUAUCGAGUCCUCUUUUCUCUCAAAGUUUUGACAGAUGGUUUAUUGCGUAUAGCUGAUAAUAAUCCAUACACUGGAAGGAUAGAGGUCUUUUUUAAUGAUCACUGGGGCACAAUUUGUGACAAUGGGUGGAACAUCGACGCCGGCCGAGUGGCCUGUAAGCAACUUGGCUUCGACAGGGUUUCCCAAGUCUUUAGCGGAGCCAGUCAUGGCCAAGGAACCGGUCCAGUAUGGAUAAAUGCGUUGAAUUGCUUUGGAAAUGAGUCGUCAAUUUCCAGUUGUGGACACAGUGGUUGGGGUAACCAUCAAAACUGCACUCAUAGUCAAGAUGCCGGUGUAACUUGUUCGUAUGACUCUCUUCCAAUUCGUUUGGCGGAUGGUGGAGCGAGCUACGGUCGUGUUGAAGUGUUUGACGGUGGGGUCUGGGGAACAAUUUGCGAUGAUACAUGGGAUAUAAAUGAUGCAAAUGUGGCUUGUAAACAGCUUGGCUUCACUGGAGCUUCCUCUGCAAGCACUAGUGCAGAACAUGGUCAGGGAUCAGGUCCUAUAUGGAGAGAUCACAUGAACUGCGUUGGAUCAGAGAGCUCGUUAUUCGAGUGUCCAUUCACCCAGGAAGGAUUUAACCACUGCCAUCACGGCGAAGACUCAGGCGUGGUUUGUUACUGA